GAAGCUUUGAUCAAAGAUCAACUCUAAUUCUUCCCCCCGGCCCUAGAUCGAAGGGACCUCGUCUGGUACUCACCCCCAUCCAUAUUAGGAAACAAGACCUGAUUAACGGCCCUGAUUUCAUCUCUCUCCUCUCUCUCUCUCUCUACUGCUCAACGCCCCUGAAGUUUAGUGGGACCCUCUCUCUCUCUCUCUCUCUCUCUCUCUCGCGGUCGCUCGGUCGCUCGAAUCUCCACGACGGCAACCCAGAGCCCAAUCAGCCCCCAGCCCGAAUUGCUCUUCUUCUUCGCUUACUUGCUCUGGUUGAAUUUUCCUUCUCUGCACCGGCAAACUAACCAAAAGGGAAACCCUCACCUUCAGCUCAAUCGAUCUCCCUCAUCAUUGAUCAAUGCAGGGACUAAUUUUGUUUUCGUGGCUUCCUAGAUUGUGGAGUGUUGAUGACCAUACUAACUGAUGAACCUUCUUUGCGGAGUUACUGUUGACGGGAAUGCUCAUAUUCAAGACAUGAUGCGGAGCAACUUAGUAUGAGUGAUGGCGGGAAAUGUUAGGUUUGAAUCAUCUCCUGCGAGCACAGAUGAGUUAUCUUUCAGUGGGACCCACCCAAAUGUACAGAGGGGAAACCACUCGGGGGCUAGUCUCGAUAGGUCAGGAAGCUUUAGAGAGGGUAGUGAGGGCAGGAUGUUUAGUUCUUCUGCCUCUAAUCUUUCUCGGGGAAGUUCCCCAUUGCUCGGGGAUUUGCCUCCAAUAUCUCAGUGUUUGGUUCUGGAACCCUUUCCAAUAGUGGACCCGAAAUACCCUAAAUCGGGAGAAUUGAGGAAGGUCCUCGGAGUUCCAUUAGGAAGUAGUGCUGAAGAUGGUUCUUUUGGAGCUAAUCACGCAAAGGUUCCCCAUCAAGUGGCCAUGGAGGAACUGAAGCGGUUCAAGUCAAGUUUACUUGAUGCUUCCAUGAAGGCCAGGACUAGAGUAAAAAGGUUGGAUGAUUCCUUGCAAAAGUUGAACAAGUACCAUGAAGUUCUAAACCCCAAAAAGCAGCAAAGGAGUGAGUCAUUGAUGAAUGAAAGACCAGGCGGGUCAAAUUUGAAGACGGGUUCUCAGUUGCAUCGUAAUUCUUCUGACCUUUCAACCCAUAGACUUGAAGACAGGGCAAAGAAUGCUCCUUUAAAUAAGAGAUUCCGUACUUCAGUCGCCGAACUUCGGGGUGAGUGCCAAGGAAAUACACCAACGAGACAAUCCUUUGUCAUGGGAAAGGAUCGGGACGUGGGUAGGGAUGGUGGUGAAGGUUCUGAUCCCCUGGAAGAAAAGAUUGGAAGGCUACCUGCUGGAGGAGAAAGUUGGGACAAGAAGAUGAAGAGGAAACGGUCUAUAGGAACUGUUUUCUCUAGACCAGUGGAAGGUGAUGGAGAAGUAAAGAGAGCUACUCAGAAGGUGAAAAAUGAUACAAGUCUUCAGUUUUCUGAUGCCCAAACUUUAAGAUCUGGGUCUUUGAAUGGUGGUGGUGGAAUGAAUAAGUCGGAUAGUUCCUCGCUGGCUCCAGGCUCAAAUAUCCGCGGGUUUCCCAAGAAUGAACAGGAGAAGGCCUCUCUUCAAAGGGAUUUUUCACCUGCUUCUGCGAAGGACCGAGCCUUAGCUAAAGGAAAUAAUAAAUUGAGUAUGCGGGAGGACAUUGCUAUGCAAAAUCCCACUCCAGUGACGAAAGGAAAAGCCUCGAGGGCCCCAAGGAGUGGCCCUAUAAUGGCUGCUAGCUCACCCAAUAGUCUUCCUCGUGCCUCUGGAGGGUUGGAAUCUUGGGAACAGUCUCCGAGUGUUCCAAAAGUGCACUUCAUGGGUGGCCCCAAUAAUAAUCGGAAACGUCCCCUUCCAUCUGGUUCGUCCUCGUCCCCACCCAUGACCCAAUGGGUUGGGCAAAGGCCGCAAAAAAUAUCCAGAACACGGAGGGCAAACGUGAUUUCUCCUGUCUUGAACAAUGAUGAGAUCCCAAACUCAUCUGAAGGAUGCAGUUCAGAUUUGGGCCCCAAAAUGACUUCCAUGUCGAGAAACUUUGCCAGUGGAAUCCAACAGUUGAAGGUGAAACUUGACAAUGUUUCUUCUCCCGCUAGAUUAUCUGAGAGCGAGGAAUCUGGGGCAGGGGAAAGCCAUGAAGGUAGGUCGAAGGAGAAGAGAGCUGGCAGUAUUGAAGUGGAUGAAAGAGACGUGGUUCCAGUCCAAAAUGUUGGUUCUUCUGGAGGACCAAUGAAAAAAAGUCGGAUGACGAGCAAGGAUGAGAUUGGAGACGUUGUACAGAGAGAAGGAAGGAGUGGUCGGGGGCCCUCAUUUGCACGGGCUAGUAGCUCCCCUUCGAGGGAAAAGCUGGAGAAUGCUGCAGGCUCUAAGCCACACAGAAGUAUGAGAGCCGGGUCUGAUAAGAAUGGAAGCAAAUCGGGACGACCUCCUCUGAAGAAAUUAUCUGAAAGAAAGGUUAUUACUCGUCCUGGGAAGACACCAGCUGGCAGUACCCCAGAUUUCAGUGGUGAAUCAGAUGAUGAUCGCGAAGAACUAUUAGCGGCUGCUAGUUUUGCUUCUAGUGCAAGCUAUUCUGCUUGCAUUGGAAAUUUCUGGAAGAAAAUGGAACCAGUCUUUGCUUCAAUCUGCUCAGAGGACGUCUCCUACUCGGAACAGCAGAUCAAAUCCUCGGAGGAGUUCCAUGACAAGCUGUCCAAGAAACUUAACAGCAGCAAUAGUCUUAAGGGCAACCUUGAACUUGAAGAAAACCCUAUGUCUCAAACUCAUAUUUACGGAGCAGGAGAUGAUGACAGUCAAGGUCAGCAUGCAUUGAAAGAAAUGGAUGGAGCCAUAAGUUUGGUCGAGGAUGACAUAAUUAACAUAUAUGGGAGAUUGGACCCUGGAGGGAUGAAAGUUAUUCCAAUGACCCAGAGACUAUUGGCGUCUCUUAUUGUGGAAGAUGAAGCUAUGGUUGGAGGUGACUGUGAAGGGAGUAAUCCUUUCCACCAUAGUGGAGAAAAUCACAUUUCCUGCCCGCCCAUUAAUGGAAACUUGAGAGAGAAUAAUUACAAUAUUGAAUAUGAUUAUCAGUUUGUGCCGGGUCCCCAGUUUCCCAAUCAGUUGGGUGUCGAAAGAUCUUGCAAUGGUGUCAUGAGCAAAAACAUUCAUAGUCCGGCCAACUGCGAUAUCCUACGAGGAGGAUAUGGUCAACUCAUCCAUAGCGGAGGAGGUUUUGCUGAGAUAACUGAGAAUGGUUAUACUUGUGAUGAACAAUAUGCGAGAAUGUCUGUUGAGAGCAAAGUACUGCUGGAGCUCCACAGUAUUGGGUUAUAUCCCGAGAACGUGCCUGAUUUGGCAGAUGGGGAGGAUGACUCGAUCAACAAUGAAAUUUCUGACCUUCAUAAAAUACUUACCCAAAAGAUUGACGCAAAGAGGGCCUGUCUAAGUCAGUUAAUUGCAGCUGGGAAAGGAGAUCAAAAAGAUGGAAGGGACCUCGAGCAGAUUGCAAUGGACAAACACAUUGAGGCAGCUUAUAAAAAGCAGCUGGCCACUCGAGCAACUUAUGCUUCGAAGUAUGGGAUUCCUAAGGUUCCUAAACACGUUGCUGUGGCUUUCACAAAGAGAGCUCUUGUGAGAUGUCGUAAGUUCGAAGAGACAGGCAAGAGUUGUUUCAGUGAGCCUCCAUUUAUUGAAGCCCUUUCUGCCCCCCCUCCUCGUUGGGAAGAGUCACUGGAUUGUGCUAAGUUAUCCGAAACAACUCCCAACUCUAAACCAGAAAGUGGAGCAGCAGGGCCCUUCUCCAGCAGAGUUGAUCGGCAUGAUCUUAACAACGGUCAUGGUACAUGUGAAACUAAUGGAACCAUUGCAAAAACUGGGCCGUUACAGAUCAGAGGGAAGAAGAAGGAAGUUCUGCUCGAUGACAUCGGAGGCAAACCUCCUUCUCUCAGAAUCCCGGCAAGCCUUGGGAACACUUUCUCCGGUGGAGCAAAGGGUAAGAGGAGUGAUAGAGAACGAGACAGAGAUCGGGAUCCGCAAACCAAAAACGCUAAGACCGGCCGUCAGAUUAAUGCUAAAGGUGAGCGUAAAACAAAGGCGAAGCCUAAGCAGAGAACUGCCCAGUUAUCCACAUCCGUUAACGGCUUUAUUAGCAAUAGUUCGGACGUGAAAAGAGAGACUGUUGGUGCGAUGCCCAGUAAUGGUAAUGUUGGCUCAGAUACAGCUAAGGAGAAUAAGGAAUCUGUCGAACUUGCAAAUCUGGACCUGCCAAUAGACUCGAUUGACGACCUAGAUGUGCCGGGCUGGUUUAACUUCGAUGGAGAUGGGUUACAGGAUAUUGACUCGGCGGGUCUUGAGAUCCCCAUGGACGAUCUGUCCGAUGUAUUUCUGUGAAGAAGACAGCGUGUACCAUAAAAGAAGCAGCUGCAGAAAAUGUUUCUUGGGACAAGCAACGUUGAUAUAAUUUGAAAUUUGUUUCCUGCUCCUUACAAUUAGCACCCUGUAAUUAUGGCCAUUCUUUCUUGUAUACUUUGUUCGGGAAGGUUUUUGGAAGGAGAAAAACCCAAAGAAGUUUAUGUUAUAGGAGUGAUUUUCCUCUGUAACAAAGUACAUUCAAAAGUUUAGCAUCUCUUUUCUGCCAUAGUGGUUGGCUCUCUUGAACUCUUGAUUCUUGUAUUGAUUAGUGAUGCGAUGAUAUAUUUAAUCUUGAUCUCUGUUUCUUGUCUC